CCUAAUUGCCACUUAUCUAUUUCACCUGCUGCGUCGCGCGUUCAAGGGCAAGUGAAGAGAGCGGGAAUACUGACUUUGCGCAUCAAAUUCAGGUGAGACGUAAGAAGCUGCGAUGCAAAUGGCUCUGACCAUAUCCAGUGGAUUUGGUUUCUCUUUGCACCGACAUUCCUCCUUUCGGGGUAGGGGUCAUAUGUUUCCCGCGACGACAAAAGCAGAGCUCCAAUCAACCGUCGGAGUUUCCGAUCAUUAUGAAGCACCGGUUCAUACAGCCGCUGCUCAAGUUCACAGAGUCACCGUCCACGACCGGCAGCGGGAGGUUGUACACCAGUUCUUCGUCCCCGAGGACCAAUACAUUCUGCACACGGCUGAGUCGCAGGAAAUUUCUUUGCCGUUUGCUUGCAGACAUGGUUGUUGUACUACUUGUGCUGUUAGAGUGAAAUCAGGAACAAUUAGACAACCAGAGGCACUGGGGAUUUCUGCGGAACUGAAAUCUAAGGGGUAUGCUUUGCUUUGCGUUGGCUUUCCUUCUUCUGAUAUUGAAGUUGAAACUCAGGAUGAGGAUGAGGUUUACUGGCUCCAGUUUGGAAGAUACUUUGCAAGAGGACCUGUAGAAAGGGAUGACUAUGCACUGGAGCUGGCAAUGGGAGAUGAGUAAUGACGAACUGAAUUCGUAGCCUAGAGCUUUAGACCCCUUAAAAAUGAGACUCACCCCCUGGGCAAGAAGGUACCUCCAUAACAGGUUCAACAGGAACACUAUAGCCAUAUGGAUGUCUACCUUUUCUUACUCACCUUGUUA